CGGAAGUCGUAUGAUCAAGUUCUGCUCCAGAGUAUUUUAACUAGAGUCAGUGUGCUAAAGAGCAGUGUUCCUCCUUAAACUUCUUGGUUCCUGACAGCUGGCAAGUUUAAGAUUGUGUAGAUCUGCAGUCAGUCUAAAUUAUGUCUCAGUACGAAGAGGUAAAUGUGCGCGGCUAUGAUGAAUUCUGUUCGGCUGUGGCUGAAAGGAAAGGGAAGGAUAUUUUUGCUUAUUUCUCCGGAGAUAAAGACGAACAUGGGAAGAGCUGGUGUCCAGAUUGUGUAAAAGCUGAGCCAGUUGUAAGAGGAGAAAUGAGUCACCUUCCUGAGGGAUCUGUCUUCAUCUACUGUCAAGUUGGAGAAAGGGCUUAUUGGAAGAAUCCAAAUAAUGACUUCAAGAAGACACUAAAGUUGAGUGGAGUUCCUACUCUUCUGAGAUAUGGCACGCCUCAGAAGUUGGUGGAGGAGGAAUGCUUCAAAGCAGAGCUGGUCAGGAUGAUGUUCACUGAGGACUGAGGGAUCGUGCACUCGACAACUCACUAAACCUGCAAGAUUUCACUGUGACACAGCAAGUGUAAUUUUCAACAAUUCAAAUGAAGCAUUCUUGAUUAUUGUUUACAAUACACAAACUACACUAACACUAACACUAUCAUUUGAUGUCCAUAAGUAACUGUGUACAUUCGCAACCCAAAUCAUGAAUAUCUGCAUACAUAUUUGUCUUUACAAAGUUAUCUGCUUGAGGAACAGUAAAUAAGACGUUUUUAUGUUGUAUUUUAAUGUGCAAAACCCAAGUGUAAGUGUAAUUCAACUUUGAGUCAUGUGUGGAAAUGUAACGCCAGUGUAACACGUCAGAAAAUUGUAAGAAUUUCUGUGUGAUUUCUGUUUUGCCUUACUGUAGGAGUCAAAUAAAUUAUUUGCAGCAGCUGAA